AUUCCGGUCACCCUCGCCGUCGCCGGCCAUAAUGGUGGCGACCUCGCCCCGACUCCUCGUUCGCGGUCUUCCCGGCACACAGACCACAAAAACGCCCGUCUGCAUCUCUAUCCCGGCACAAAGCCGCCGUGCCCGCUUCCGCCGCUGCCACCUCUCCCGUUCCAGGGACCCCGCCCCCGUCUCGGAGGAUCCCCAAGCUCCCCCCGACUCCCUCCGCGUCGCCUUCGCGUGCGGCGGCGCGGGGGGCCACGUCUACUCCGCGUUCGCGCUCGCCGACGAGCUCCACGCCUCGCUCCCGCACUCCCGCUCCCUCUUCCUCGGCGGCCCCGCCCCGUCUCUCGAGUCCUCCACCGCCGCCGCCUCCUCCUACGCAUUCGCCACAGUCCCUCCCUGCCUCCCCCGCGCGCUCCUCGCCGCGGCGCUGCACCUCCACCGCUUCCGCCCCCACGUCCUCGUCGCCACGGGGGGUCCCCCCUCACUCCCCAGCUGCCUCGCCGCGCUCCUCCUGGGGCUCCCCUUCGUGAUCCAGGACCAGGACGCCGGCCCCGCUCCCGCCACCCGCCUCCUGGCCCCCGUCGCCCAACGCGUCUUCCUCGCCUUCAACGCGCCCGUCCGGCUCCUCCCCAAGCGCAAGUGCGCCGUCUACGGGAACCCGGUGCGCAUGGCCAUCCGCAACUACCUCCGGGUGUCCAAGGCCGCCGCCAUGGCGCGCUUCUUCCCCAGGGCGGGGCCGGGGUGCGAGGACGGGGCGGAGGUCGUGCUAUUUCUCGCCGGGACGCUGGGAUCGCCGGAGAUCAAUGUGGCUGUGCUUAACAUGUACUACGAAAUGCUGACGAAAAGGAAAAAUAGGUAUCUUAUAUGGCAGACCGGGCCAGAGGAUUUCUGCGAGAUGGAGAGCCUCGUCAGGGGCCAUCAUCGCCGGCUGUUUCUCACCCCGUUCUUGCAUGAAAUGGACAUGGCAUAUGCGGCUACUGAUGUUGUAGUUUCUAGAGCUGGCUCUGUGGCUUGCACUGAAAUAUUGGUCACUGGGAAACCGGCAAUUCUGAUACCUUUACCAACAAUUGUGGAUGACCAUCAGACGAAAAAUGCAUAUAUCAUGGCUGAUGUCAUGGGAGCAAAGGUCAUAACAGAAGAUGAACUUGAUUCAAGUAGUCUAACACGCAUAAUUGAUGAAGUUUUUGGUGAUGAGAAGUUGAUGGCAGAGAUGUCUCAGAAGGCACUAAAUGCAGCUCGACCAAAUUCUUCGGCUGAUAUUAUUCGUCACAUCUGUUCGCUGAUUGGUCCAACCAACCCUACAUAAAUCUUGUUUUUGCACAUUACACAAAAUUUUCAUGUGGAGCUGCAUGUGCUAGUGCUACUUGUGGAGCUGCUGUGCAGCAGAAUGGCAAGUCAUUCUUGAAGUCGAGACAGAAGAUCUAAUUAAUACCUUCGAUUCACUUGAAUAACAAAGAAAUGUGGGCUAAAAACAAUUGGAGAUGGUGCCUUCAGGUAUUGCUCACUUGGGCUGUCAGCCUGUCACCUUCAGUAAUACUAACUAAUACACUACUUUGUGAGUAAAGAUAUUCUGUUGCUAACUUUUAGGAAAUACCUCAUUACUCAGACCUGAGAGCCUGUAGUCAAUUUU